AUGUUGUCUCUUGGAAGUUCUUAUCGCAAGACGUGUUAUUUCAGACAACGACGGGGCAAGUCGCGCUGCGUGCAUCAGUGCGUCAAAUGCGGAGCCGUCUUCUGUCACACGCGAAAGCUCGUGGAACAUCUGAAGAAUCUGCACAACAUCGACCGAGCCUUCAGCUGCGACGAGUGCAGCAAGACGUUUCGCAGUCCGAUGAACAUAAGACGUCACAAGCUGAUUCACACGGGCGAGAAGAUGUUCGCGUGCGAUCUCUGCGAUUACCGUACCAAUCAGAAGUCCAACUUGGAGUGCCAUCGUCGCCGGCACGCCAAGGAUUACUUCUUCAAGUGCGAGAAGUGCGACAAGGGUUUCUUCUGCAAGACCGAGUACCUGGACCACCAGAUCGCGCACACGAACAAGAUGCUGUAUCGCUGCGAGCACUGUUCCCGACACUAUCUGCACAAGAGGAACCUGAUGGUGCACGUGAUGUCGCAUCAUGCCGACAAACAGAGAAGCGUGAAAACAAAAUACGCGUGCACGUUCUGCUCGGAGAGAUUCGUGUACAAGAGACUGAUGGACACUCACGUGAAGAAUCGGCACGGGAUCGCGGCCGCGCGGACGAAGUACCUGUGCGACCAGUGCGGUUCGGUAUUGUCGUCUGUGAGUCGACUGUUGGCGCACAAGCGCAACCACACGGGCGAGAAGAUCUUCGAGUGCGACGUGUGCGAGCAGAAGUUCACCCGCAAACAGAACCUGACCAUUCACAAGCGCACGCACACCGGCGAGAAGCCGCACGUCUGCCAGCAGUGCGACGCGAGUUUCGCGCAGAGAACGACGUUCGUGCUGCAUCAGCGUUCUCACACGGGAGAACGGCCUUACAAGUGCGCGUACUGCGGCAAGGGAUUCGUGUCUAGCACUCUGCUCAAGAAGCAUCAGAAAAUUCACUAA